AUGGCCGGCCAAUUGCCUGGCGACUUUCGGGGCUUUCCCCCACCGCCGCCCCACUGGCACCUCUUUCGUGCCACGCCUGCGCCCGAUGGGCGAGCACUGUCGUCAGUGCGGGUGGCGCCUCCAUUGCCGCCGAAGACGGGAGAGGUCUAUGUCUUUGGCGAGGCCUUGACGCUGGCCCCUCGGCAGAGCGUCUUAGAUGCGGAGGAAUGGCUUUGCAACCCGGACGCUGCAGACCUCAAAGCUGAGCUGCUGAGGCUCCAGGGCAUGCUGCAGAGCUCCAGCCUGGAACUCCUGGAAGCCUUCGCCCACAGCGGUUCGUCCUCGUCCACGUCGGUGGGCGGCGCCGAGCUCGCGCAGCAGCGCCUCCGGCGGUACGGCAACGUUUGCAAGAACAUCGCGGGGAUCCUCACCAUUCUGCGCGAUCGUGAGGCAAAGGCCUUGGUGCUGCAAGAGCUUCGAGAGCAAGUGGCCCGAAAGCGGGCCUUCGUGGAAGAGGCCACCACCUCCUUGCCGGUGCUGAAACGGCGCCUGGAGAGCUCCGAACGCGUGGAAUCAGAAGAAAGCAGAGCAGAUCAGAGCGGGUGUUGGCCAACACCGGAGCUGACCGCAGAGGUGGAGGACGAGGAUCUCCUGAAGCGUGAGUGGGACAUGUGGGAGGAGCAACAAAAGCCAGACCAACCGAGCUUCCGGCUGCCGGAUGCGGUGGAAGAUCCAAAGGCCUUCGGCUGGGAGAUGCAUCAGGUGAAGGACGUUUAUGCCGAGGAGGACGUGUCGCAUUUCCGACAGAUGGUGGAGAGCUUGCUGCAGGAGUCGAGCCCAGAAGACUGCGACAGCUGGAUGGGCAUGGGCUAUACCACUGCAAUGCUGAGAAAUCUUCCAAACAAGUACAUGCGCGACAAGCUUGUGAGUCGUUUGAACACGUGUGGCUACAAGGGUGAUAUUGACUUCCUCUACCUGCCCAUCGACUUCAGGAACAAGUGCAAUGUGGGCUAUUGCUUUUUGAACUUCCGGACCUCUAAAGCCUUGGUUCGCUUUAGAGAUGAGUUCCAUGGUCGUCAGAGUGGCGAGAAGUUGCCCGGGUUCAACAGCAAAAAGGUCUUGGAGGUCUCUCCUGCUCGUGUGCAGGGGCUACACCCCAACAUCGUUCGCCUACAGGGAUCGCCCAUCAUGGCUCGCGCCAUGGAGCGGGAAUGGCUCCCAGUUCUCCUGGAUCCCAUGGGCAGAAUCCUCGACUUCCCCAUGGUCAUGCCACAGGCAGCUGAAGCUUCGCAGGUGCGGUGGGCCAACCAGGUUGGGCGGGGCAUGGACGCCGGGUCCGACGUCCGGCCGGGCCCCCUGCUACAGAGAUCUUCCAGUGAGGCGGCACUGCGACUCACCUGUUGCCCCAGCGUGCCACACGUGAGCCGUGCAGCCGACAGCCACCGCUGCCGUUUUCGGAUGCCUGGCAGGCCUCAUGAGUCCCAGGCGCCGAAGUGUGGGUUGACCUCGAUGGCUUCCAACAAUAGCAAAGCGAUGGUCCGCCUCCAACCUAGCGAUGGCCUCCACCUAAUA